CUCUAGAGAGAGGAGAGAGACUCAAUUUAUCUCUUUCGCCCCAAAAAUCUCUCUCUCUCUCUCAGGGUUUCAACUGUUGAAUUCUCUGAUGGAACGCAUACGCACAUUCAUCUAAAUACACAUAUACAUACACUAUACAUAUAUAUAUAGCGAGCAAGAAUCAUAAAGAAGGCGAGAUGGAGUCCAAGAUUCUGGAGAUCACCCUAAUCUCUGCACAAAACUUGAAGACGCCGUCGACAAGUAUUCGCCGGAUGCAAACCUACGCCGUCGCCUGGAUCGACCCGAACACCAAGCUCCGAACCCGAAUUGACCGGGUCGGAUCCGAAAACCCGACCUGGAACGAGAAGUUCAUCUUCCGCGUCUCUCCCGAUUUCAUCUCCGGCGACACUUCCGGCGUUUCCGUCGCCAUUUACGCCGUCGGUUGCAUCAAAGACUUCCUCGUCGGAACUGUCCGGUUACUCCUCAGUAGCUGCCUUCACAAGAAGACUGGAAUUCGAACUCCUGCGUUCACCGCCGUUCACAUCCGCCGCCCCUCCGGCAGGUGUCACGGCGUUCUCAACGUUGCGGCGACGGUUUAUCAAGGAACGGAGUUCGAGAUGCUGACUGGACUUAACGCCGUUACGUUUCAUGAUCUGAUUGGAGAGGGAGAGAAGAGUAAUCAGCUUCGUCGGAGCCGUGAGCGGCGUCUCAGCCGUGUUGGUUCCAAAGAGAGCGAGUUAGGUUCCGGUGACUCGUUUGAUUUUGACUCGGUGGAUUUCUCGGACGGGGCUGAGUCCACGACGUCGUCCUCGUCCAAUGCUUCUACUGUUUUGAAGGAUUCCAACAAUGCUGAAGUUUCGGGAACCAAGGCGUGUAAAUCGGAUGGCUUGGGGAUGCUGUGUGGGUUAAUGCUUCAGAGGAGGUUCUCUUUUUGUCCGUCUGAUCUCAAUUUUGCAGCCGUGUCCAAGAAGAUGCAGGAAAACAAGGAGUGAUCGACAUUGGUGGUCUUUCGUACAAGUUAGCUGUUUUGAAUUCCUGGAUUAUUUGAUUGUUAGGUUUUCGAGUUUUGGAUAAUUUUGUUAUAAAUGUUGAGAAGUUUAGAAAUGUCUGUUAUACGCAAAUUGUUGAAUAUUUUGGUGCAGCUUUUAAUUGUAGUAACUGAAAAUGUUUGUGCUCGAAAACAAGUACUGAUCAAUGGUGGUGAUCUUGGUAGAAGGGAGCUCUUUUGGUUUUUCGAACUGUAAAGUAAUGUUUUGAGUUUUGGAGGAUUUUAUGUUUUGUUGUAGUUGCUGAGGAGUUUGGAAAUGUCUGGUAUGCAAGUUGUUGAAUAUCAUUGAUCUAGCUUUAUAUGUACGGUUUUUCUGUGGUGUGCCCAUGGGCACACAUUAAGCACAAAAAUUGAUGAAUUUGGAUGGUUUCUAUUGGCUUAACCUUCUUUAAUAAUGAUGCACCCCCUGCAUUUACACCAACCACACCAAUCAAAACCCUCCAAUUCUAUAAAUUUUAGUGCUUAACAUGUGCCCAUGGGCACACACUAGACAAACCCUUAUAUGUAAUACAUGAAAAUGUUGGUUCUCUGUUCCGGUUUUUGAUUUUGAUUAUGUUAGCAGAACAUAAUUACUUGCUGCUUAGAGAAUAAUGUUCCCUUUCCUUUGCUAAAUUGAAAGUUUUAAUUGAAAAGCUCGUACUGUUUGAUUAGUAUGAGUUUCAGAUUUUAUUAUAUUUGGUUUGUUUUGGAGUGAAACGGUAUGAUUACUGAGUUAUUAUUCGUUUAUAGUAGUUAGACAAAGAGGUCUGUUAGAAACUUGGAUUCAUGUAUGAGGGAUUUGUUCGGUACUAGCUUCCAGGUUAUUGUCUUGUUGAAGCAAAAUUGAUCCAUGGUAGCGUUGCAAUGGUCUGGCCAUCCGGUAAUGGCCGAAGCUAGUAUGUUAUAAAGAUUGGGAAAAGGUUGAAAGACAUGAUGUUUCUGUAGACAGAUCAAGGAUGGUAACUUGGGUGAGUCUUUGCUCCACAAGCUUUCUGCAUCUAAUAGUCGUUUAAGCUUCCUAUAAAUGCUCUUCUACAGUCCUUGGUUUAGUCCAUCGGAAUUUCGUUCAACUCUACGAACUUUCCUGUAGACCUCGGAGCUCACUGGCUGGAGUCCUAUCGAGUGUAGUACGAUUUGUUACAGAAAUUACUCAUUCCAGUUUAG